AUGAAGCAGUACUGGCUCGGGUCGAAGCUGCUGUGGCUCGAGGUGAAGACGUCGUCGAGCCUGCUGACGCGCGUCCUCGCCGGCCACGACCUGACGCGGCGCGAGCGGAAGCAGCUGACGCGGACGUCCGCGGACCUCAUGCGCCUCGUGCCCUUUUCGAUCUUCCUCAUCGUGCCGUUCAUGGAGCUGCUGCUGCCCGUGGCGCUCGCCGUCUUCCCGGGCAUGCUCCCGUCGACGUUCCAGGACUCGACGAAGCGCGAGGAGAAGGCCAAGGCCACGCUGCGCGCGCAGCUCGCGCUCGCGGGCUUCCUCGGCGACGCGCUCGGCGAGCUGCGCCGGGGCGGCCGGCGGAAGGACGGCACCGAGGGCGGGCCGUCGGCGGCCGAGCUCGCCGACUUCGUGGCCAAGGCGCGCGCGGGCGAGGCGCGCCCGGAGGACGCGGCGCGCGUCGCCAAGUCGUUCGGCGACGACCUCAUGCUCGACAACCUGCCGCGCGCGCAGCUCGUGGGCCUCUGCCAGUACAUGGGCCUGAACCCCUACGGCACGGACGCGCUCCUCAGGUACCUGCUCCGGACGCGCAUCCGCGACCUGCGCGCGGACGACCGGCGGAUCGUCUACGAGGGCCUCGACACGCUCACGCGCCAGGAGAUGCAGGAGGCCUGCGCGGACCGCGGCAUGCGCGGCGUCGGCCUCACCAAGGCGCAGUACCACGCGCAGCUCGCGCGCUGGCUCGACCUCGCCGCGCUCCGCGAGCUGCCGAUCGCGCUCCUGAUCAUGUCGCAGGCCUUCGCGCUCCAGCGGCCGGCGGCGGCGCCCGACAGCGGCGCCGCGGAGCGCGCCAUCGCCGAGUCGAUCUCGGCGCUCGACGCCGACCUCGUGAACGAGGCCGUCGCCGCCGCGGCGACGCGCGAGGAGGAGGACGCGUCGGCCGAGCUCAAGGCCGCGCGGCUCCUCUCGCUCGAGCAGCAGAACCGCCUCAUCGCCGAGGAGCGCCGCGACGCCGCGGACCUCGAGGAGAAGGAGCGCGACGCCGCGCGCCGCCGCGACGGCGACGACGACGACGCCGCCGCCGGCGCCGUCGAGGCCGCCGACGCGGCUGCGCUGGCGGCGGCGACGCCGGAGGCCGCCGCGGAGGCCGCCGCCGCCGCGGAGCGCCGCGCGGCGGCCGACGCGGACGCCGCCGCCGAGGCGCUCUUCGCGGCGCCCGCCGACGGCGCGCCGAGCGCGGCCUCGUUCUCCGCCAAAGAGAAAAUGGAGGUCGCCGGGGUCCUGGUGGACAUGGCCUACGAAUCGGCGCUCGAGCGCGAGAAGGACGAGCUCGCCGAGGUCCGGGCGAAGCUCGCCGCGGACGACGACGAGGCCGCCGCCGCCGAGGAGGCCGAGGCGCCCUCCGGGGUGCCCGCCGCCGCGGAGUCUCCCGCGGAGCCCGCCGCCGCGGAGACCGCCGCGGCGCCCGCCGCCGCCGCGGAGGCCGCCGCCGACGCGCCCGCCGCCGAGGCCGCCGACGAGGCGCCGGCGCCGGACGGGAAGGUCGUCGCGCUCGAGGAGCGCCUCGAGCGCAUGACCGCCAAGAUCGCGCGCGAGAUCGCCUCCGUCGACGAGCGGCUCGGCGACCGGCUCCACCUCAUCGACCGCGACAACGACGGGAUUGUGGACGUAGAGGAGAUACGCGACGCGCUCGCCGCCAUCGCCCUGCGCCAGAACAAGUUCCGCGAAGACCCCGAGGCCCUCGAGGCGUUCAUCCAGGUGGCGCUCCGGGAGAUCGACGCGAACAGCGACGACGUCAUCACCGUGGAAGAGGUCGAAAAGUGGUUCGAUUCCCUCGAGGAGGAGGUCGAGGACCAGUAGUUUAAAUGCCUGUGGUUUUAUU